ACAUGAUGCCUCCUCUGCGAGUCCGCCCGUGCACUCCGCGGCUGACAGAGGCUCCGCGCAGCUGAGACGUGACCGCGGUAUUGUCGCGGAGGGGGAACGCGGUGUGACGGCUCAGCUCAUGGCCUGCUCCGGACAGCGUCGCCACACGGGCUCCGGCAGAAAGCAACUUUGUUUUUAAUGGACGCGCGUCGAGCGGCGGCGGCAGGGGGAGCGGCAGCGGCUGCGGCGGCAGCAGAGGCGGCGGCCGGCUUGUUCUACUUUCGUCUUUAUCUGUAGCGGGCGGCCCGAGCGAGCAGCAGCAGCAGCGAGCCCCGUGCGAGAACCCCCCUCCUCCGGGCAGCGUGUCCCCCUUAACCCGCUCGUCUGGCUACCUCCUCCUCCGCGUCCACAAACAGUCACAUUUAGAACAGCAUGGUCAUGGCUGACAGUGUCCAGAAACCGCUGAUCCGGGGUCCGGUCCGAGUGGGCUUCUACGACAUCGAGCGCACUUUAGGCAAAGGCAAUUUCGCCGUGGUGAAGCUGGCGAGACACCGCAUUACGAAGACCGAGGUGGCCAUCAAGAUCAUUGACAAGACCCAACUGGAUGCUGUGAACCUGGAGAAGAUCUACAGAGAAGUUCAAAUAAUGAAGAUGCUGGACCACCCCCACAUAAUCAAGCUCUACCAGGUGAUGGAGACGAAGAACAUGCUUUACUUAGUCACGGAGUACGCCAAGAAUGGGGAGAUCUUCGACUACCUGGCAAAGCACGGCCGUCUCAGUGAGUCGGAGGCAAGGAGGAAGUUCUGGCAGAUCCUGUCGGCGGUGGAGUACUGUCACAACCGCAACAUCGUCCACAGGGACCUGAAGGCAGAGAAUCUGCUGCUGGAUGGCCACAUGAACAUCAAGAUUGCAGAUUUUGGGUUCGGAAACUUCUUCCAGCCCGGCGAGCCUCUAGCCACGUGGUGCGGCAGCCCGCCAUACGCUGCUCCAGAGGUUUUCGAAGGACAACAGUAUGAGGGCCCGCAACUUGAUAUAUGGAGUAUGGGGGUGGUGCUGUACGUGCUGGUCUGUGGUGCAUUGCCCUUCGACGGGCCUACGCUGCCUGUGCUCAGACAGCGAGUCCUAGAAGGAAGGUUUCGCAUCCCCUACUUCAUGACUGAAGACUGUGAGCACCUGAUCCGCAGGAUGUUGGUCCUGGACCCAUCAAAGCGUCUGUCUGUGGCCCAGAUCAAGGAGCACAAGUGGAUGGCUCUGGAUAUUCCAGUGCAGAGGCCCAUCCUCUACCAGCAGCCCCUGUCUGCCGAGGGCGAGGCAGGUGUGGGAGAGUACAGUGAGCAAGUCCUUCGCCUGAUGCACAGCCUCGGCAUCGACCAGCACAAGACCAUAGAGUCUCUGCAGAACAAAAGCUACAACCACUUUGCUGCUAUCUACUACCUGCUGGUGGAGCGGCUCAAGGCCCAUCGCUGCAGCUUCCCCGUUGAACAGCGACUCGAUGCCCGCCAGCGAAGGCCCAGCACCAUCGCCGAACAGACCGUCGCCAAGUCGACCAGUGCAUCAGCCCAGGUGGGUUUGCUGCCACAGGGUGUUCGUCUGCUGCGCUCCCCCGCUGUACCCCAAGCCUCCUCUGAUGCUUUCACCUUCCCCCAGACUGCCUCACCCCUGGAGCAGAAUUUCAUGGUGGAGGACAUCAACACACCCAAAGUGAAUGGCUGCCUGCUGGACCCCCUGCCUCCCCCCACUGUCCUACGCAAGUCCUCCACCUCGUCGCCUAGCAACAUGAUGGAGACAUCUAUCGAUGAGGGCAUCGAAACUGAGGAGCCCGACACGGAGGAAGAUCCGCACCACUUGCUCAUGGCCUAUCAGACGGCACGGUUCGGCCAGCGGCGACACACCCUCUCUGAGGUCACCAACCAGCCAAACCAAGGUAAAUUAUUCACUCUAGGCCACAACCCUUCCAUGGGUAGUGUGGAAUCAGACAUGGGCUACGACAUGGGCUCCAUGCAAAGUGACCUUGGUCUUCUGGAGGAUCCCCCCUCUCUCUGUGAGAUGGUGCCGACCAACAGCUCCGCCCCCGGUGUCACUCCUACGCCGUACUUGAGCACUCGGCCCGCCAACCCAGCAAUGGCAGCCCUGACUUCCCAGCACAGGGAGGCACACAACCGCUCCCCUAUCAGCUUCAGAGAAGGACGCAGAGCAUCCGACACCUCCCUCACCCAAGGUCUGGUUGCGUUUCGCCAGCAUCUCCAGAACUUGGCGAGGACCAAAGGCAUCCUGGAGCUGAACAAAGUACAGAUGCUGGUGGAGCAGAUGGGCUCUGGUGAAGGGUCCAUCAUGGGGCCCCUGGGACCACAACACCACUUGCACAACCUCCUGGAGGGUGAGGCAUCCAAGCAGCAGGAGGGCCUAGCUUUAUACCAAGGCGCGCCACAGCCGCCUCUCCUGUCCCGCAGACAGAGUUUGGAGACACAAUACCUCACUCAUAGACUUCAGAAGGCUAGCGUCCUCGCAAACAGUCCUGCUAGCUGCCAACUUUUCUGUAAGGAGACUCCUCGAAGUUUAGAGCAACAGCUGCAGGAACACAGACUGAACCAGAGGAGGAUGUACCUGCAGCAGCCACAGGGCAUGGGGCUGCAGACCUAUUUCAACCAGAUGCAGAUAGCUGAAGGGUCGUACCCUGCCCUGGACCUAGCAGCAUCUCAGAGUUCUCCACAGGGCACCGCCAUUUCAGCCGCACAUCAGCCUCAGCCCCAGCAGCCAGGCAGUCCUCAGACCUCGCCUCCUUUCAGCCACCCCCUCAGCCUGAACCCCUUGAUGGAUCAGGGUGAGGGCCUGGUUUAUGACCCCUACAUGAGCCACCACCACUACACCCAGCACCUUCCUGCUGCGUCUCACCUCCAUCACCAGCUUCACCAGCCUCAUGAAGCCUCUGCCAGUGGCCUGGGCUUCAGCUAUACCACUUGCUGUGAGCAGCAGGCCAUUGGCCCUUCCACUGAGGCUCUUCACCCAGAGCAGUAUGAGUUCCCGCUGGACCCCACCAUGCUGGUCCUUGCUCCAGGAGAGGCUGAGGCUGGAGCUGCUGUUGGGGGUUUUGCUGGUCAGGGGCAGUCAGACGGCCUGAAACUGCCCGAGCUGCAGAGCUCCCUCCUGGACAGUGAGAUGAUGGAGACUGUGGACUCCCAGCAUGGCUUCGUACUGGUUAACUAAUGCCAGCUGAGGGGGUUAAUACAAAGUGGUGUUAAGCAAUGAGAACCUACCUAGCAUUGAACCAGACAGAAUGGAUUUAUAAGUGGAGGCCGUAAGAGUAGCAACAGGGAAGGAAAUGUGUUAAUUUUUGUAUGACUAAUACAAACUUAAUUUCUUAGUUGUGAUGAACCUCAGACAAAAUGUCUACCAAAUUCCUUCCUUAGCCUACCUCCCUUUCUCCUUCUGCUCCUCUGUUCUCGUUCUCAUCAGCCCUGUGAGGCAGGAACGGGUCCGAUACGUGGUGCAGCAUGAGCUUCGCCAACCUGACUCUGCGACGCCGUUGUUGCCAAGGAGGUGUUGCCACCGGCGAGGACUGCGCCGUGCAGCCCGGGGGGGGAUGCUGCAAAACCUGGAGUACGGCAUUUCACCUACUAAUGGGUUGAAAGUGAACUUAUUUCAGACUGACUAGCAACCAAAAGCACAAUGGCUGGUAGUGCUGUUUGUAUUUUAAAUAGGACGCCACAUCUACACACAUCUCAAAACACUUUUGUGCUUUAUUUUAUUUCAGUAGAUUAAGAAAAACAAGUGAUGUAGAUAAAAUCGCCUUCAUUUAUCAUGGUACCAUGGAUAUCUCCACAAAUUCAAGUGUUAAAAGUCUGACUUUUAAGAAUUAUUUUACACUAAUGUGAGUGCACAGGCUAACAUAACCAUCAUGCAUAGGUUUCAACACUAACAUUGAGAGUUUUCCUGCAGAGAACCACAGGUAUCUAAGUUUGUUAUUCACUUACAGUUCUAAUAAACAUGCUGAGCGCUGGUGAGUGAUGCACCAUUGGUUGAGCUUUAGCUAUAUUUGUGCUUAUAACAGUGAUAAACUCUCUCCAAGCUAUAUUUACAGUUCAAUUAAACUAAUGAAAAUAAUAGAUCUAGCUGCAGGCAUUUGUGUCGGCGAUGUGACAUAAAUAAUACAGUUGUUUUCUUUGUGGUUUUUGUAACUUGUAACUACUGAUCCUGAUUUAUUUCUUACACUACUGAUCUGCGUCCCCUCCUUUCCAUCCGACUGCACAAACAUGAUGCCAGGUUUCCUCACGCAAAAACGCGAAGAGGAUAAUUUGACCGGCCUUUAAAAGUGGUCACGUGCUUGUCUGUUUUAACAGUUGAAUUGUGGGUCAUGCGCACGCCUGAUAAAUGAGGGCUGACGUAAUCACUCGUGUGUUCGGUUGAGAAGUUGCGGUGUUAGACAGUUGAUAUUAUUCUAUUUUUGUGGCAAUACUGAAGCAAUAUUAAUCCUUAAUGUCAAGGGAUUAUGAAUGGAAGCCUCACCUGUACAGCCAGCUCUGAUUGGUUCCCGGGACCUCUGAGUCGUCAGCAGUGACAUCACUAGAGCUGAUGAUGUAACCAGGAGAUAAUCUGUCACUCGCUCGCCCUGGGGGGACAAGCCUGGAGACAGUUGUAUGAAUGUGUGUGUGUAAUGUGCGUUUGUGUGACAUUAUUGUUUGUUUGCACAAUUCAGACUUCAAAUUUUUCUGCAUCCAUCACAUAAUUUGUGGUCAUUACUGAAGAAGACGAACACUGUAUUGACGCCUCCAUUCAAAAUAGCACAGACUGUGUUUUUCCCUCAGCGCACAGUUGUAGCUUAUGAUGAAUUCUGGUUUACAUCGUCAGUGCUCCAGUCAUGCCUCUGUGUUGUUUUAAUGAUGUAACAUGUUUGUAAUAAUGGAACGACCCCGUAAAGAUUCCCUGCAUUAGAUUUAAUGAAAGAAUGUCUCCUCUCUGAUGUUGUGGUUGCUGUGAGACAAAGACCAGAAGAACAUCAUCAGUCGCCUGACACUGGAUUUUGACGAUUGUCUCACCACCGCCGCCGCUCUUUGGUUGACAGCAACAAGACGAGAGAUGGUUUUUUUUGUUUUGUUUUUACGUAGAGUGUGUUCAAUCUACUUGAAGUGCACAGAUGUAUUUUCUCUGAUGGAUAAAAAACAACCUUUCAUUGGAAUAACAGGACCGUUAGCGUCAGAGAGUGGAGAUGAGAUUGUUUGACUGUGACCAUCUGCCAUCAGAGUGCGUGACCUUUAGUGUUCAUGGGGUAAACCGUGGAAGCUGUUUGUCGUCAUGUGAGCUCCCAGACAACACGCUCACUCAGUCUGUACUGGGCAAAUCUCUCACAGCUCACAUCAGACUCUUUAAAAGUACAGAGGUGGUUCGACAAGGAUUCUUAUUAGAUUUAAUGAUGGUUAGAAAAUAUGGACCAACUGUUGUUGCAGUCCUGUGCAAGAAUAUAAGGAAAAAUCCCCCCUAAAAUGCUUUGAACACUGUUUCACAACAGAUCAGGGAUGUUUUUGUCUUGAUCAAAAAAGAUUUCAGAAAACUCAGAGCUCAUAAUACAACCUAGGCCCAGCAGUUCCUUUGAAUUUAGUCAGGCUGCACCAAAUUACACAUACUAAUAGAUAUUAGUACCUAGAAUAUGUCUGGGUUUUUUUCAUCAAGAUCCAUGAUAAUUUUAGAAGAGCAGGUUAAAUAGUUUAAAGGUUCAGUGUGUAGCAUUUAGUGACAUCUAGUGGUUAAGUUUGAAGUUGCAGCUAAAUCUCACCCUCCCCUUCCAAACAUGAGAGUGGUGUGUGGUAGCCUUCAGUUGUCAUAAAAACUCAGAAGGUUUUUAGUUUGUCCAGCCUGAGCUACUGUAUAAAACAUGGCAGCCUCCGUAGAAAGGACCCACUCCUGAUGUUAAUAUAAAGUAUUUCAAUAUAAAGGAGCCAUUAAAGGGUGAAGAAAACAAUAAUUCGUACAAUUUAGUUGAAACAUACCAGUGAACACAUCACUAGGAAUAUUUUAUAUUAGAUUGCCGUGAAUUAAUCCCUUUCACCUAGUUCCUACACACUGAACCUUUAAUAAACCCACCAUCUCACGAUGCCAGUGAUGAAAAAUUCUGUUGGAUAACACAGACUAAACUCAGCACAUAUUGAGUUUAAGACAAAAACUAAAUUCUGGAUUCCCGUUUUGGUACUAACUCAUAAAGAUAAUAACCAAUACAUUGAUUAUCAGAACUGUGUAUUAACUCCUGAGGAUAACUGAUCAAUUCAUACAGUAUCACGUUGAGGUAUUUGUGGAAUUUUCUUGUCAGGCCUGUGGACAUAAGAGCAGAAGACUUUGUAAUUCACCGUGCAGCUCUGACGUUUAUCCGUCACAGAUGCUAGCAAGUCCUGGAACAAUGGCCUACAUGCACCAGACUGUGGCCACAAGACAUGUUGCACAACAGGUCUCAUGGCUGCUUUUACAUUUCCAGUCUGAAAUGUACUAACCAGUCGGCUAGAUGCAUGUUUUUAUAUGAUCAUAUGUGACCAGCUCACACCCAGUCUGGGGGCCAGAGAAGGAAGUGAAGAACCGUGUAAGGCAGGUCCAACAUAGAAACAUGUAAAGACGUGACAGUGCCAGAGAAUUAAAGGGUGGAUUUUGCCUUUACGUGAAUGUUUUUGAUGAUUGUUUUCUUUUCAUUUUUAUUUGUCAAUGGUCGGGCUAGAACAGCUACAGGAUGAUCUGUGGAAGUUGAAUACUGGAGCACUUUGACAACGAGGGGGAAGGAGAGAUGUAGCGGGGAGAGAGGAGGUGACGGUGUUGGAGAUGGAAAAGGUUUGUGUUGCUCUGCCAUUUCCUGGCAGAUGAAACGAACCACAAUCUGUAGGAAACACCUUUUCCCCUCUCUCUUCCCCACCAAUAAUGGACACAAAACAGAUUUCUUUCAAAGAAAGACCAGACAUAGAAACACUUUAUCUGAUUGUUGAUUUUUAAUCCGAGAGAGAGAAACUUCUCAAUUGACAAGUGUUCUUUGUACAAAUUUUAGGGAUGUAGUGAAUCGCCAGUGCACGUUGCACCGAGGUGAAUUUUGUGUUGAACGUGAAGUGUUCAGUGUGCCUUUUACUUUUUCGUAUUUUCAAUCUAAACUCAAGAUUUUUAAAAGAACCAUUUUUUUCUGCUCGGACCCUUUCAUUGUUUAUUUUAUUAUGAUUACGUCUUUCUUUUCUGUACUUUUUUUUUGUUUUGUUCCUGAAAGUUAUUAAGUAGAGCCAGGUUUUACAAAGGUACAGAACCAAAGUCCCUCAGAAGUUUCCCUGUACAACCCACCAUGUGGAGUUCUGGAGCUUCUCUGUCAGCGUCUCUACUGUGCUAUUUUCUCAUUGGUCAAUCAGUGUAUGCCAUUUAAAAGUAUUAUAGCAAUAUUUCUCUAGUUGAAGACUAAAGUCAUGAAGAUUCUAGUGGACGUGUCUCCGAGUAUCAUAAUUUCACCUGCUGAUAAAACACAAACAUCAAUCUAUCAAUAGAAAUCCAGUUUUAUAUUUACCUUUAUUGAUGUUGACCACACAUAAGCUAACUUGCUGUUGAGAUUAAAAAAAAAAGGUUUAUUGAACAGAA